GGUGUGGCUCUCUCCAGCAGGGCUAGUUCAACUGGCAGUGCUCUUGUCGGCUCUGCUGAAGCAGCUCCAGACUCUCCUCAGCAGAAAGGGAGGUGCUGAGGAUCCUGACAGGCGCACCAAGGAGCCAGGAGUCGAGACAACCUUGCUGGCUCAGGGUCUGAGGCUGCAAGUGGUUUUUGUUUUCCUUGGCUGAGCUGUGCAACUUCCACACGACUGGAGGCCACUUGGUAGUUCAAGAAGGUUUUCCACCAUGGGACCGCGUGCAGCACAUCCAUCCCUCUCCGUGGACCGCACCACGCCCGGGAACAAAAGCCACCCGUUUUAGGAAGGGGAACGUGCUUGGCCCGGCGGCACUGGGAAAACACAUGGUUGUCACUGGCCGGAUAGACACUGGAUGACAGACUCAGCAUGGCAGCAUGGACUGCAGUGGGCUGGCGAGAACCGCUAUGUAGCUUUGCUGUGUGGUUCCCCCUGGUGCUCUUUCUGCUGGGUGGAUCAGCUCAGGGGCACAGAGGCCCAGCCGGGCACGCGGACAGCCCUCGUUGGAAGGCAGGGGGCAACAACAGGCAUGCCCGGAGCUAUCACCACCUGGAGGGGGACGUGCGCUGGAGGCGGCUCUACUCCUCAACCCAUUUCUUCCUACACAUUGACAGCAACGGCAAAGUCGAAGGGACCCGUUGGAAGAAGUGCCCAUACAGCAUUGUGGAGAUCCGCUCGGUGCACGUGGGUGUCGUUGUGAUCCGAUCCGUCCACAGCGGCUUCUACCUGGCCAUGAACAGAAAGGGGAGAAUCUACGGGACGAAAGUAUACAGCCCCAACUGCAAGUUUAAGGAGCGCAUCGAAGAGAAUGGCUUCAACACAUACGCCUCACUGCGCUGGCACCACCACGGCCGCCAGAUGUUCCUCUCCCUCAACGGCAAAGGCAUCCCACGGCUGGGCACAAAGACCUAUCGGCAACACCUCUCCACCCACUUCCUACCUAUGCUCAUCACCUGACGUGAUGGCUCUCCCACACUGGACUAUUUUAUUACAUGCGUAUUUAAUUCC